UGCCCCAGCAGCAGCGGCCACUUCCCCUCUCCCGUCACCUCGCCAAUCCCUGCUCGCCCCCGUUUCUUUCUUUUGAGACGGAAGGAUGGAUAGAUAAGAUGGCCUAGUGAGAGAGAUCGAUACAGAUAGAUAGGAUAGCUAGCUCUCUCCGAAGGAGACAUUCCCCGCUUUAUUGAUGCCAUGUGGUUACUGCCACCCUCCUUAAUAACCAUCGCUAACCAGCCAUACCACCCUGUAGAUGUAUCCCUCCUCCGUUAAGCUCGGCUAAGAGAUCCCUCUUUCCCACUUGAGGCCAACACCCCCCUCCUAGCUCCACCACAAACCUAGCUACAACUAUAAGUUUCCCACUUAGAACAAGUCACAACACAGCACGCCCCAACAACCCCACCGCCCAAUAACACACCACAAGAGAGAAGAAUCUCAGGUCCUAAUCGCACAGGCGAGAACGCGAGCGAGCUAGCUCCGGCGAGGCCUGGCCGGAGCCGCCCAUGGAGUACAAGAGGUCAUCGCAUGUGGAGGAGGACGAGGAUGAGGAUUGGGCGAUGAGGGACCGUCGGUACCAGCAUCAGCAUCCGCACCAUCAUCGCCAUCACUACACCACGGUGCCGGCCACGGCCGCGCCCCCGCAGACAUGCACCUGCACGGCCAAGCUCCCCAGACUAAACGGAAUUGCUGGCGUCGUUGCAGAAGAUAUCAAGAUAAUGCUGAUCUGGGGCGAUGAGGACAAGCUUUUCGACAUAGAGCUGGCCAAGAAGAUGAACGAGCAGCUGGGCGAGAACUGCUACCUGCAGGGCAUCCCCAAGGCCGGGCACCUGCUCCACCUGGAGCGCCCCUGCGCCUACAACCGCCAGCUCGGCAGGUUCCUCGCCUACGUCAACUCCCAGGAAAACCAAACCACCAGUUGAAUCAAUCACUACUACUACUACUAUCUCGUUCGUUCCAGUUCCAGAGGAGGAGGAUAAUUAUUUGCAAGCAAAGCGAAGCAGGUAGCCUGUCAACGUUCGUUCUUCUGCAACACGCACCGCAUUGCAUGAUUGCCUGGAGAGGUCAGCCCAUGGAUGUGAAGCUAGCCAUUACUACUACGUGCAACUAGCUGCUAGGUUUACAGGGCCACAUUCCGUCGCCCUGCAGAUUAUUAAGUGAUGGGUUGACGCCACGCUCGGUGUGCCGUGAUGGCGUUUUA